UGAGGCCAAAUUAACCAAAGCGCGACAACGCGACAAUGUCCCUUACAGGAUUCCAUAGUUUUGCUAUACGUUAUUUUUGGAAAACUAACUUACACUCAAGUGUAACAGUGUGCCUAUAUGGGAACAGGAGUAGACCCCGCCAUGGGAUUCCUUUUACAAGCCUGUUACCAGUAUGUACUGCUUUUCCACAGCGUUAUCAGUAGACCACGUGUCCCCUGGAACAAUGAAAGGCGGACAGAUCCUGUCGCUUGUGGUGUUGAUCUCUGCCCUGCUUGCUGUGACACGCACUCUUGAGCACCCAAGUCACGACUCAUGUAACACAACUGGGUGUAGACAUGGGAAUGGUCGUCUUCGAUGUCAGUCAUGUAACACCGGGUGUCACGGAUCAAACUGCAGCUCUACAUGCCAAGGACGUUGUGACGGAGACGGAUGUGACAGGUCCACUGGAGAAUGUUUCAGAUGUAGGCCAGGGUUCUAUGGACGACACUGCGACACACCCUGUCCACCACGAUGUUCCAGCAGUCCGGUAGGUGGCGCUGUCUACUGUGACCGACAUACAGGUGCUUGUUCUGAAUCUUGUGGUGGAGGAUGGACCGGGGCACACUGUGAUGGACGAUGUCCACUCAACUGCAAGGCCUCAGUCUGUCACAUACACACAGGAGAAUGUCUUGAUGGGUGUGACGGAAGAUGGACAGGGGGCUUUUGUAACAUGUCAUGUGACAACUGUCUGAUGGGAAGGUGCAGCAUCACUGGGUACUGUCUACAUGGAUGUGAAGCAGGCUUCUAUGGACAGAAGUGCGAAGACAGAUGUCCACAUUGCUGGACCAGUGGCUGUGACAGACAGACUGGAGUAUGUGAACAGUGUCAACCUGGUUACCAUGGACACCGCUGCAGUAACACGUGCCCCGUGAAGUGCUACAAAGGAAGAGAUGGACACAAGUACUGUGAUCGACAUACUACAGUUUGUCAGGAAGGAUGUGAGAUUGGGUGGCACGGGUCACACUGUAACACCCCGUGUAGUAAAUCCUGCAGGUCCUCCUUGUGUUACAGCGAUGAUGGAUCGUGCGUGGAGGGCUGUGUUCCAGGGUACUAUGGGAAACACUGCCACAAGAAAUGUCCGCAUUGUAGAGACAAUGUGUGUGACCGCCAUGGACGGUGUUCAGCCUGUACUGAUGGAUGGUUCGGAGAGAGAUGUGACGAGGCUUGUGGGUGGUGUUUGGAUGGUGUAUGUGAGGUGGACGGUAGUUGUAGUCGUGGCUGUAAGGACGGCGCAUACGGGAGUCACUGUCAGUACUUAUGCAGUGGGGACUGUGUAGCGUGUGAUCAGAUGACAGGCGACUGUAAUGACGUAGGAUCUGUUGAUGCUGUGAUCGAACUUGAUACGUUUGCAGGUACAUGCUCCUUAAUGUAUUCCAAGUAUCAAAACGUAAUGCCCAUUGCGUGUGUACUUGCUUGCUUAUCUAAUUAUUUAGAUAUAUAGGUAGAUGCCGGGAUACGUAGGUAGGUAGGGUAUCAAAAUUGUAAUAACUGCACUGUGUUCAGGUGAUAUAACUGAUCUAUUUAACAAAACUGUAAUGUGGGUUCAGCUAAUAUAACUGUACUAUGUGUUCAGCUAAUAUAACUGUGCGAUGCGUUCAGCUGAUAUAGCUGUACCACGUGUUGAGCUGAUAUAGCUGUACCACGUGUUCAGUUGAUAUAGCUGUACCAUGUGUUCAGCUGAUAUAGCUGUGCCAUGUGUUCAGCUGAUAUAGCUGUGCCAUGUGUUCAGCUGAUAUAGCUGUGCCAUGUGUUCAGCUGAUAUAGCUGUACCAUGUGUUUAGCUGAUAUAACUGUACCAUAUGUUCGGCUGAUAUAGCUGUACCAUAUGUUCAGCUGAUAUAACUGUACCAUAUGUUCAGCUGAUAUAACUGUACCAUGUGUUCCGUUGAUAUAACUGUGCCAUAUGUUCAGCUGAUAUAACUGCACUAUGAGUUCAGCUGAUAUAGCUUUAUUCUGGUCUUCUGAUCAACUGUAAUUUGUACAAACCAUGAAGAAAUUGAUUGUUUAGAAAACUCUCCCGCAACACUGACUCAUUUCAUAAAAUGAGCGUAGCGGGAGAAUGUUUGUAAAAAAUCAAUUUCUUUACCGAUUUCGUUCAAAUUUGAAAUAUAAGUUACUCAUAGCAUAUAAAAACAAUAUACAGUUGCAAAAAUCUAGAUUUUUUUUGUUUUAAAAUGAUUGUCCAAAGUGUGAUUCGAAUGUGGUUUGGACCCUUACGAUACACCGCCAGCACGUCUGCUAAUGAUCGUACCGCUCUUAGUCUUUGUAUUCCCCAUCGAUAUGAUACGAUGUAUCAGAGUGCAUAUAUUAUCUCUGUUUUUAUACCAGUUAGAGAUACCCGGCACCGUCACUACAUUUCGUGUACGUAAACGUUUGAUAUUAGACAUAUGCAUAUAUAAGAUAGCAACGUAUAAAUGGGGAAAAUAAUGGUGUCAUUUACGGAGAUUCGAACAUUCGCCCGAAAGUUGAUGAGUAAUUCCGUCCUGAUAUGACGCGACGCAGAUGGCAAUCUGAACUGGGAGACAUUCUACCGAUAAUGACCUUCAAUUGUUUUUGUUGUGCGAAUAUUCAGGAAAUACCAAACUUGUUCCCCCUAGUUCCUACUGACGUAGCUUGUUUUGCGAACCAUCUUGGCUCGUUUGGGCGUAGUCCCGGUUACUACAUCACAAUGACAAUUAACCUUGCAGAACUGAUAUUUCGCCCAUCACCUUAAACCAGAGAGAAGCGCCUUUGAGUCUUUCGUGGCAUAGUGAAGUUUGUCACUUCAUAUAUAGGGACUCUUGACUUCUGAUGUAAAUACGAAACUAAGUUUGAAUAAUGAACUUGUAUCUUAUAUGUUACUAAGCUGCUAAUAUCGUAUAUAAACAUGCUAUUCGCACCCAUGUGGCAAUGUUGUAUAAUAACGUGUAUACGCGUAUUGCUAAGGCUAUGAAAACGGACAUGCAUGAACAAAAAUGUAUAUAGAUGUAUAUAGGUAUCAUAUCUUAGAUGACAGGCAAUGAGUCAUGCUAUAGCCAUGUGUAUUCUGUGCUGACUUAUAGAUGGGGGAUAUUGUGGUACCAUGUUUGUUUUUUACUAACAAACACUUAGAAGACAGGUCCACACAUAUUUCAUGGAACAGUCUAUAUAUACUGAGCCUUGAUGUAUAUUAUAAACAUUACAACAUGUACCUAAAGUAGGGGCUGCACCCUCGAUGUGUGAUAUGAUAUGUCAUGUCUAUUGUUGACCGAUUGUUUCAGCGUUUUAUGUAUAGGGAGGAAAUUGUAUCCUGGUGGAUUCGUCCCAGAAUAAUAAAUGUGCAAUCACUUCACACCCUGUAGCCUUGUAGUUUUCAUUACUGAAGAACACCAAAUCCCAUGCUACUGCACUGAAAUCUCCCGUGUUGAUAGGGGAUAGAAGUGGCCUAAGCAACCCAAGCUGUAAGGGUGUCAGCCCGAUCUGUCGACAAAUGAAUAAUAGGAUGUUGCUAACCGUCGACAAAAAAGACCCGGAGUGUCGACAUCGCAUGGUCAACAUACCGUGACGGUGUUAAUUAAUGAAAGAGAAUGUUUGCUUAGUGAUUUGCAAGUGGCUAUGGUGGUUACAGCUAUGCUCGUUUCAUGAGGAAAUGAAUUAGGUUAAUUAU